AUGCGAUGCACAACAUGCAAUAAAGAAAUUGAAAACAAGACAGAGCACUAUAAAAGCGCAAUACACGAAGAAAACUCGAAAAGACGGCUAGCUGGAAUUCAGCCCAUGGACAAGCUAGAGGUGAAAGAGUGCGAAACUGUAACUGCAAAAAAGCCAGAGCCAAGAAGAAUGGAGGAGACUGGUUUAUAUAAGCUAAAGGACAAGGAGUGCUUAUACUGUGAUGAAAUAGUCACAUGCGAGUACAUUGAUCACUUGGAGACACACGGAUUCAAGCUACUGCUCCCACAGUAUAUUGUCAAUGUAGACGGUUUAAUAAAGCACUUGAAGGAGAAGGUGGGGUACUGCAUGUGCACAUGCUGCAAUAAGCGCUUUUCUUGCAUUGGCAAAGCCCGGGCUCAUAUGAGUGCAAUGCACCACAUGAACUACAUCAACACAGAAGAGUACGACAGCUUUUAUAACUAUCCAGAGAAGGGUAUUGGAUAUGUUUCACAGGACGGGAGCGAGUUAUAUCUUCCCUCUGGAAAAAUAGCAGGAAAUAAGAAAUACACAAAGUACUAUGCGCAGACACUGAGAGACGUCGAGUAUUACCAGAACAUGAACAAAAAGUACACUCAAGUGGUCCACAAAGAAGCACCCGCGCAGACAGAAGAGGAGAAGAUAAAGAUUAGGCAGUUCACAGAGAGAUCUGAAAGAAACAGACUGAAGAUAGGAAUGAGCAACAACAGCCAGAAACACUUUAGAGAUGAUUGGAUGCAGUAG